AUGGAGACAGGCCAUAAAAUCACAGCACCCCUUAUCUAUGCUGUUUCCAUUGCUGCGAUUGGAUCUCUCCAGUUUGGGUACAACACUGGUGUCAUCAAUGCUCCUGAGAAGAUCAUACAGAGGUUCUUCAACAGAACCCUGUCAGAACGGAACAGGGAGGUUGUCUCCCCAGAGCUCCUCACCUCUCUGUGGUCCCUUUCUGUGGCAAUCUUCUCGGUAGGAGGUAUGAUCGGCUCAUUCUCAGUUAGCCUGUUUGUCAACAGAUUUGGCAGGAGGAACUCCAUGCUACUGGUGAACGUCUUGGCCUUUGCUGGUGGCACUCUCAUGGCCUUAUCUAAGAUGGCAAAGGCAGUGGAGAUGCUGAUUAUUGGCCGCUUCAUUAUUGGCCUCUUCUGUGGUCUCUGCACUGGCUUUGUGCCCAUGUACAUCAGUGAGGUCUCACCCACCAGCCUCCGUGGAGCCUUUGGCACCCUCAACCAGCUGGGCAUUGUUGUGGGCAUCCUGGUGGCCCAGAUCUUUGGCCUGGAAAGAAUCAUGGGAACUGAAGCACUUUGGCCACUGCUUUUGGGGUUCACAGUGAUCCCAGCAAUCCUGCAGUGUGUGGCUCUUCUUUUCUGCCCUGAGAGUCCCCGUUUCCUAUUGAUCAACAAGAUGGAGGAAGAGAAAGCACAAGCAGUUCUCCAGAAGCUUCGUGGUACACAAGAUGUGUCUCAAGACAUCCUGGAGAUGAAAGAAGAGAGUGCUAAAAUGUCCCAGGAAAAGAAAGCAACUGUGCCAGAGCUCUUCCGUUCUCCAAACUACCGUCAAGCCAUUAUCAUUGCCAUCAUGCUGCAGCUCUCCCAACAGCUCUCAGGCAUCAAUGCUGUAUUCUAUUAUUCUACAGGGAUUUUUGAAAGAGCUGGUAUCACACAGCCUGUGUAUGCCACUAUUGGAGCUGGUGUGGUAAACACUGUCUUCACUGUUGUGUCGCUGUUCCUGGUGGAGCGUGCAGGGCGCAGAACCCUCCAUUUAGUUGGUUUGGGCGGCAUGGCUGUGUGUGCUGUUCUUAUGACUGUCGCCUUAGCUCUAAAGGAUGUUGUGGAGUGGAUCAGAUACAUCAGCAUUGUUGCCACUUUUGGCUUUGUGGCUCUUUUUGAGAUUGGCCCUGGCCCUAUCCCCUGGUUCAUUGUGGCAGAACUCUUCAGCCAAGGCCCACGGCCUGCAGCCAUGGCAGUGGCUGGUUGUUCCAACUGGACCUCUAAUUUCUUGGUGGGAAUGCUCUUCCCCUAUGCAGAGAAACUAUGUGGCUCCUAUGUCUUCCUCAUCUUCCUUGUUUUCCUGGUCAUCUUCUUUGUCUUCACGUUCUUCAAAGUGCCGGAGACCAAGGGCAGGACUUUUGAAGACAUCUCCAGGGGCUUUGAAGGACGGGCAGAAGCCAGCUCCACAUCACCUGUAGAGAAGAACCCCAUGGUGGAGCUGAACAGCAUACAACCUGACAAAGAAGCUGCCUAA